AUGCUCGACCACGACCUCCUCCAGAAGCUGGCAGUGCGCCCCAGCUCUACUAAAUCCACUCUGGAGCGCGCAGCCACUGGGGAGCCUUUCUUCCUGUUCAGUGACACUGCCUGGGAGCUCUUUCACCGGCUUACCCGUGAAGAGGUCGUCCACUACCUCGACACUCGUAAGCGGCAGGGCUUCAACGCUGUCCUUGCCGUCGCGCUCCCCCGAGCUCGAUCUGACACAUUCCACUCCAAAUACUUCCACCCCAACCGCUACGGCCAGGUGCCACUGAUGAACGACGACCCGCGCACCCCCAACGAGAAGUACUUUUCGCACAUUGACUGGGUCGUCCAAGCGGCAGCUGAGCGGGGCAUAUUGGUGUUCCUCGUACCUACGUGGUCGCGGUGGAUCAACGGAGCUGCGUCAUUCGGCGCCUUCCUCGGCGAACGAUACCCCUUCCUCCCCAAGAUGCUAGGCGGUGACUCGAACCCUAUUUGGACAAACGCACGGGAGAUCUGGCGUCGUUUCCGCGCGAACGGGCGAGAGGUGCACGACGUGCCGAUUCCCACCACACUCGAUUUGCCCAGGCUUGAGUGGUUUGAUGUGUUCCGCUCUAUGGGAGAAGCUAUCGCCACCGCAGAGAAGCCAUUUUGGGGACAAGCUGGGGCGCCGUUGCUCACCUACCACCCCACGGCGCUGUGGCUGCCGUGGUCGCCAGACGCCCUCGCGUCGUCGUUUUUCGGCGACGACGGGUGGCUCACCCUCGACGCCUGCCAGAGCGGACAUGCGGACACACCCAACCUCGUAUUCGACCCGCCCAUGCAUUUCUGGAACGCACGCGCCCCCCAUGCUCCCAUUAGCAAAAUGGUGGCCCAGUCCGUUGGGAAGCGACCGGUUCUGGACCUUGAAGGUCACUACGAGGGCAUGUACGUCAACCUUGCCCCUGGGUCGGGCGCAAAGUGGAACGGCGACGACAUUCGUUCGGGUGCAUGGCAGAGCGUCCUCUCGGGCGCGUGCGGUGUCGUCUAUGGCCACAACACCGUGUGGCAGAUGUACGACGUAGAGCACGCCAAAAUCGCCCCUCAGAUUGUGCCGGUUCUUGGUGUGGAGGCGAGCGAGAGCUGGAAAGAGGCUCUGAACGUGCCUGGGCCAGGAUACAUCGCCAUCCUCGCGUCCUUCUUCGGAACUCUCCCGGCGGACAUGAACCUCCAGCCUGCGCAAGACGUCCUGCUCUCGUCGGCGGCACCAGAGGCCUCGCGGGACACUGACGGCCGCGUCGACGUUAUGCGCGAUGUCUCUGCCGACUACAGCAACCUUCUUAUCGCCCACUCGGGCUCAGGUUAUGCCUUCGAGAUUGACCUUGAAGCCGUCUUUGGCGAGCACAGUGUCACCACUGCGUGGUUCGACCCACGCACUGGUACAGAGGCGCCAUUUCAGCUGUGCCCAAGGCAGACAAAGUUCACACCGCCGAGUGCGGGGUCGGUGAAGCAUGACUGGGUGCUUGUUUAUGCCGUCACAGUGAUGCAGUCCCAGUAA